CAUAAAACACAGGCCAACCAGAGAGCCACAUUGAGGUCAUAAAGAUCAGAAGCCUUCUUUCUGUAAGAGUUCAUUCUGGGAGCCUUUGUCUGCGGUUUCAAUGGCUUUAGUUGGGGCAGGGAAGCUCUUUUUCUGUUUGGUUCUAUGUCUCUUGAGCUCACACUCUCAUUCUCAAGGUAAGGAGGAUAUCUUGGAAUUCAGAUAUCCAUUUAUCAAACGAGCGAGCUCGUUCUCAUCAUCAUCACCAUCAUCAUCAUCAUCGCCGCCGAGUGAAGGCAACAUUAAUGCAGCUUAUGACUACAUAAUUGUGGGAGGUGGCACAGCCGGGUGUCCUUUGGCUGCCACCCUGUCUCAAAACUUCAGUGUUCUGUUGCUUGAAAGAGGGGGUGUUCCUUUCUCUAAUGCAAAUGUCUCAUUUCUAAGGAACUUCCACAUUGCCCUAGCAGACACUUCUCCAACUUCGGCUUCCCAAGCCUUUGUUUCCACAGAUGGGGUCAUUAAUGCUAGAGCUAGAGUUUUGGGUGGUGGUUCUUGCAUCAAUGCUGGCUUCUACACCAGAGCAAGCUCAAGUUUUAUAGAGAAAAUGGGCUGGGAUGCGAAGCUAGUUGAGGAGUCAUACCCUUGGGUCGAGAAGCAAAUUGUCCAUCGCCCUAAGCUUGCGCCAUGGCAGAGAGCAGUAAGGGACAGCCUUCUCGAUGUUGGGGUGUCUCCUUUUAAUGGAUUCACAUACGAUCACAUAUAUGGAACCAAGAUUGGUGGCACCAUUUUCGACAGGUUUGGCCGCCGCCAUACCGCUGCCGAACUCCUUGCUUCCGCCAACCCUCAGAAACUCACUGUCUUGGUCCAUGCGACUGUCCAGAAUAUUGUUUUUCAAAAAACACGAAAGCAACCCAAGGCUGUGGGGGUCAUUUUCAAAGACGAGAAGGGUGACCAGCAUCAGGCACUUCUUGUCAAUAGGCAAGGGAGUGAAAUCAUAUUAUCUUGCGGAGCAAUCGGGACCCCUCAAAUGCUACUGCUGAGUGGUAUUGGACCAAAAGCUGAGCUUGAAAAGUUGAACAUUCCUGUAGUGCUUGAUAACAAGUUUGUAGGGAAGGGCAUGGCGGACAAUCCCAUGAACGCUAUUUUCGUUCCCACUAAUAGGCCAGUUGAGCAGUCUCUCAUCCAAACUGUAGGGAUUACAAAGAAGGGUGUGUACAUUGAAACUAGCAGUGGAUUUGGACAGUCCAACGAUAGCAUUCACUGCCACCAUGGCAUCAUGUCCGCCGAGAUUGGACAACUCUCCACGAUUCCCCCAAAGCAAAGAACACCAGAGGCCAUUCAAGCUUACAUCAAAAGCAAGAAAAAUUUACCCCAUGAAGCAUUCAGGGGAGGCUUCAUUCUAGAAAAAAUUGCAAACCCCAUUUCAACAGGCAAGCUAAGAUUGGACAAUACUAAUGUGGAUAAUAACCCCUCUGUCACCUUCAACUACUUCAAGCAUCCUCACGAUCUUCAACGCUGCGUUGAUGGGAUUCGACUGGCCACGAGGAUUGUGCAGUCUCAACACGUCACAAACUACACAAAAUGCAACAAGGAAACUCUGGAGAAGAUACUCGGUAUGAGUGUCAGGGCUAAUGUUAACCUCGUCCCUAGACAUGCCAAUGACACCAAGUCCAUAGAACAGUUCUGCAAGGAUACUGUUAUCACAAUUUGGCAUUACCAUGGUGGGUGCCGCGUGGGCAAGGUGGUUAGCCCUGAGUACAAUGUCCUUGGCAUUCACGGGCUCCGCGUUGUUGAUGGCUCAAUCUUUAACGAAUCACCAGGCACAAAUCCUCAAGCCACUGUCAUGAUGAUGGGCAGGUACAUGGGAAUGAAGAUUUUAAGGAACAGGUUAGGAAGAGAAGCUGGCAUAUGAGGAAGCAGCUUGGAAGUAGAUCAGGUAGGAGGGAUGAGACAAGUGUUGGCUGGUAAUGGUGGAAUUAAUGUAUCUAGUAUUUUUUAGUACUUUGCAAGCAGCAGUAGUAGUACUAUGUACGUAGGAAAUGCAUCCAUCCUAGCUAGCUAGCCUUUUGUAAUGUUCCUAAGUAUCGUUCUUCAUCUUAAAUUUUCUUAUCUUCAAUCAUACCAUAUAAGUUGAUGUGUUAUAUUUUAAGUGACUUUUUUAUUUAAGUGAUUAAUGAUUUGUAAAGUCACUUAAAAUACAUCACAUUAAAUGGCGUGUGACUUAAGAUGAGAAAAAUAAAAAUGUACGAUUUUAUU